UGUCAUCAUACUUGAUCAUACAUCAUACAAAUAGCCAAAAACCAAAAAUGAUCCAACUCAAUUCAGCUGUCAUAAAUCUCAUUUGAAAUUCUGAACCGACUCAGCCUGACUGCUCAAAGAGCAAAGAUUAAAAGUAAUAGGGGAAGAGCAAAGAGUCUAAUAAGUGGGUAUCUGGGCUCAUCUGCAAAGAGUAUAAUAAGUGUAAGGGAACUCAUCUUUUGCCUUGCUCGUGGGAUUCGUGUGUAGUGUGUGUAAUUUUUUGGUUUUUUUAUUUGAUCAAAUCCACAUAAAGUUAUCCAGGGAUAAAAAUGCUGUCCACGUCUUUUGUCAUCUUAUUAUUGUAGUGUGCUUAUGUAGGUGAAACACUACAAUAAUCUUCUCACAAAAAAGUUGAAUUCGACCACUAAACAUUUUCACUAAGAUACAAUUUAAGUAUGGAGUACAUUACGCAAGGCCAAUGUCAAUAUUUUGUGGUGAGGAAGAAGAGACUCUGCCGUAUGACUGUGCGGCCAGGCCGGCAGUACUGCGGGGAGCACGAACCUCAACCACCUGAGUCCGAAUGUCAGGAUGAUAGGCGAAUACCAUGCCCGAAUGAUCCCAAACACACAGUGUAUGUCAGUAAACUGGAGAAGCACCUUUCUAUCUGCAAUGCUCGCGCUAGGGACCAGCCUCCUUAUAUUGUGCCAAACAUCAAUGCACCCAAUGAAGGAGAAUUGUGUGUCCGCUUGCCACUUGCACAGCUACCUCGGGAGACAAUCAUGCAAGUCAUUGACAAAAUUAACUAUUUGUAUGACAAGCAUGUGGAGGGUAACAUCACAACAUUCCCUGAACAUCCAAUCCACAACACUAUAGUUAAAGAGUUCUCGGAGAGUGACCGCACAGAGAGCUCACGCAGACAUCUGCGGCAGGUGUCCGCACUGCUGCAUCUGGCGGAAGAGGAGGGUCUCGUCGGCGCGGGUACAUGCUAUGUCGAACUGGGAGCCGGGAAAGGUGACAAUGUCAGCUAACUGCUAGUUGAAUGAUAAUGAUACCACAGCCUGACAGAACACCGACGUAAAACAACGCUUGCGUUGUAUUUUGUCGUGUCACAUGUCGUACUACGCGUGGCAGGCGUGGGGCGCGCAGGGCGGCGCGGUGGUGUUGUUGGACCGCGCGGCGCUGCGACACAAGCGCG